GAUUUACAUCGUUUGAAUCACAGUCGGUGCAAAAGUCAGAUGAGUGCUGACCACACUCAAAACGAAAGAGUUGACACACCAAACACACCGACUGUUGUUUUCCUAUGAGUUGCCAAAAAGUGUCGCUGUGUUUCAGCAAAUUGCAUCUGAUUAGAGCGAAAGAGAACGAACCUAACGGUGUUUCAACUCCGAUGUGUUUGUUGCCGAAAUCAUUCGCACCAGCAAACGACAUCAUUCGCAAUCGUUAUCGAAGCAGUGUCAACGUAGUUUGAGUGUGCCAUUUCAAAUCAGUUCAAUAAAUUUUUGUAACAAGAAGCAAUUUCUUUGGAUACACUCUUGUGCUAAAUGUGUACAUAAGUUGUGCAAAUAUUCACAUUUUCCAAAAUGCAGCUGUUUUUCAAGGAAGAACUUAACAUUUAUCGCAAGAUGUUUUGCCGCGAAAGCAAAAAAUCAGUGUCGGGAAUGGAAAUUUUGGACGAAUUUGUUCGAAAGGUCCACGAAUCCGCCAUGUGCGCAACAAACAUUCACGAUAUUCAGCGGUCGAUUCGGUUGCUCUCGAUUUUCUGCGAGAUCUUGCAAACAUUCAACAUGAAUGUUGAAACACUUGUGUCAUCAAUUGAUGCGCACAUUUACAACGAGGUGGUGGCCAAUUCCACGAACACUAUCUGUUUGCGGAUGAAAGAUUGGCUUGCCGAUCUGUCAUCGUAUCAAAUUGGCGACAAAUUCACCGGUGUUAUUUCAUACGUUCUGGACGGCGAUACAAAGCUGUGCUUCAUCAAGGAUCAGGAACGAUACCCAACGCAAGAUUUCAAAGAUUUUCUGGAAUCAGCAUUCGAUGGCAUUCCAAGCUAUGGUCAUGUUUUUGCAUUGCAACUCAAUCAAAAAUUCUUCCGUGCCAUUCGCAUUGACUCGGAGUCAACAAACAUGGCGAUUCGUGUUCGAUUGAUUGAUAUUGGUGAAACGAUUUCGGUGUCACCGCAUGCUUACAAAUACAAUUUGGUUGACGAAGCAAAACGGCUACCGCCGAUGGCAAUUUUAUGCCGCGUUGGAAAGUUCGACGGCAAAGUGUUGAACUCGCUCAACACUCUCUACAAACGGACGUUUGAGGUUAAAAUCACGGAUAUUUGCGUGAAUAUGCUUGAAGUUGAGCUGGGCUCAGAAUUGGACAAUGAACGCGAUGCAAUGAACGAUUCAAUACAAAAAUCGAUCAUUGAGUGCUUUGAAAACUCGGAUCACAACGAAGUGCAGCAACCACCGUUGACUCCAACAAUUGCUCGAUCGGCCACAGUUACACCAAAUCCAUUUCUAAUGGAGUUCACCGAAUCAAAUGGCUAUCGACCACAAACACCGAUUCUCAACGGAAACCACACGGCAGCAGCAAAACCACUAGUUUCGCCAGCAGCAUCGGUUGUGUCAUCGGUUGCAGGGCGACCGCCUCUUCCACCGGUUCCACCACGUCAGCGACCAAAAGCAUUGCCACAAAUCCGGAUCCCAAUUGACAUCAUCCGACGUGGAAACAAGGUGUACGAACAAGGAAAGACGGAAAACAAUAAUCACGUGGAUGCUGAAGCGUUUGAAAAUACACCGAAAAUAUCGCCCGAAAAAAUCGAGCCGAAAUUGAAUGGUAAUUCUUGUUAUGAAGAUUCCGAGCUGAUUAUUCAUGAUCCAUGUCCAUGUCAAUCAGGUGCACACCCAAAAGUUCCGAGCGUUCGACUGUACAACGGUAUUUCCUUCAAAGAAAUUCGCGAAGGUCUACUCAAGCCAUCGAUAGGUGAAGAAAAGGCGGUAACACCAACACACAUCAUCAGCGCCGAGUAUAUGUACGUUCAAUUCAAUGACUGGUUCCAACGAUUCCAAGAUUUUCAUGCGAUGAUUCAAUCGUUACAACCGAAACAGCUGAGCUACAUUCCAAAACUGAAUGAUUAUGUUUUGGCACGAUACAAUGAUGGAUUGAUGUAUCGUGCACGCGUCGAAGCGAUUGAACAACGCAACGUAACGGUAUUUUAUAUGGACUACGGAAACACGGAACAAGUUGAACUGGAUGCACUUUUCGAAUGGGACACGGAAUGCAACCAAUUUCCACUUCAAGCGGUUAAAUGCCGGCUGGCCAACAUUCGAAGCCUACCCGGAUCAUCGGCAUCAAAGAUUUGCGAUUUCAUCUAUUCGCACUAUCUCAACAAGACUUGCAAGGCACACAUCGUGGACAUUUCGGAUAACAUACUGUUGGUGAAGCUGACCAACCAAUACGGUCGUGAUGUGAUCGAGGAAAUUAGCGCCAGUCUCUUCCCAGAAUGCAUUGUUUAGACGAAGAAUGGAGGAAUUGAACGGGAAAGUGUUGACAUUAUGUGAGAGAGGAAAAUCAGCGAAACUUCAUUCAUGUAAUUGAAUUCAAAAACACAAACAUUUUUCAAACAACAACAUUAAAUUUAACUCAAAAUCAUGAAGAAUCAAGCAUAAAACAAGUAAAGUACAUCAUUUUUGAAGAAGAAACUUGAAAAAUAGGAAAAAAAAUGAUACAAAAUACUAACACAAACGAUUUAUUAUUGCUGAUACAAUUUUAAGUAGCAAUUUCGAUAGUUCUCUGAAUCUAAUACUAUUUGUACUGACUAGGAAUAGAAUUUAAACUUAAAAAAAGACAGAUAAAAUCGAAAUAUAUCACUAUCCAAAAGAAUCGAACCAAAAAAUCCAAUGUAGAGAGCUAAUUCAAUGUAGAAGCAAAUUGAAAAACGACAUAACUCAAAAAUACAUCAGAACAAACAUGAAACAAAUGUGAAACGAAAGGAAAAUGAAAGAACAAGAAAAACUAUAAGACGCCUAGAGUUAAGUCAAUUACCAUCCAAAUCGCGUUGACUAGGAAUAAGUGGAUAUUUAAUAUUUGAGAAAAUUUAUCGAUUCAAAAUGUUGAAAGGAAAUCCAAAACACGAACCAAUUUGAUUUAACACCAGUGUAAUUAAUAAUUUAUAUUGAACGGGUCAUUCCCAUCAAAAAAUGCCAUAAAGAGUGAAUAAAGACAAUUUUUGAAAUUCAAA